UCCCCGGCUCAGUGCUCCGGCGACAACGGAGGUGGGAGGUGCGCGUCGCAGCCGGUGGGUGACUCUUUACUACGUGUUUCUCCGCAGUCCGCACGUGGCCGGUACUCUCUGCCAAGCUAAUAACUUCCCCGUGGGUCGGGGCAACGUGUUAGCUAUUUGAGAACAUUGUGACAAGUGCGUGGCCCCGCUAAGGGUUAUAUAAGCUCUCCUCAGGUUGGCUUUCUCGCCACUUUGAAGACACCUUCAACAGGGGUGAUUACCACACAUUUUGCGGGCUAUUCAUGCCCGUGCCACCUCCUGGUUGGCUUGAUCUUAAUCAAUCGCCACACAUUUGUCGACUUACAGUUUAAUUCUACUGACUUUAAUGAGGAUUGACAUCUGCUGAAGUUGAUUAUAAAAGUUUUCUUUAAACAUAAUUUGGUUUAUAUCGCUUAAAGACUUAACAUCAGCGCGUGAUAUAGCCUAUAGUUCGAGACUGCACAACCUGUAUAUAUUAAACGUAAGGUGGAACUCCAGUUGGUUCAAUUAGCAGGAUCUGUGCGACCUGGCAACAGCAGUGUGUGGGCUUAGGCUCAACAGUCAACAAUCAGGAACAGAAGAGUAAAAUGUUGAAAAAGUUGACGUCGAUUUGGAAGCGUUAUAAGUACCGAAGUGUUCCCUGGCUUGCCUUCAACUUGCACAACAGACUCAGGCACUCAACCCAUGACCAUGCAUAUCAAAGAAGCCUUCACUUAUGAUUAUAUAUGUCAAGAAAGCCUACACUCAUCAAUAUUCAUGUCAAGAAACCUUUCAGAGCAAUUUCUGUCUUUGAAGUCUCCGUUUACUGACAAGCACCUACAGUAAACCUUCGCGACGCGAGAUACGGUGAACAACUUUCUUCGUCAAUCUUGCCAAAUCCAGACCUGUCAAAUCUUCCACCCGGUGUUUUUCAAGCCAGCUGAUGGACGCUGUACUUAAAGGAGUGAACCCACGUUUGCGUUCUGGGCUAUAAUAUCUAUAGCCUGUGACACCUCAUGUUUUCCAUAGUGAACCGUAUGUGACCCUGACGGAGUUGUAUAACCUGUGAAUCCUACUAUCAUUUAUUGUGAUGGAGAUCGUGGCCUGAAGUGAUCCCCUUUCCUUCAACAAUUUGAAUGAUAAGCUCAAAAAUUGACCUGAGUAUUAUCAUAAUUUUUCGUAAUUCCUGUCACUUAAACUGUUGCGGAAUAUGAAGUAAAUUUGCAACUACCAUUCACCGAGUUGAAUGGCCUGUUAUGACAACCUUGUUACCAUUAAUUGUAUUUUAAGACCUCAGUGAAGCUACCCCCUAUAAUACCACAAUUAAGAUACGUAUGAUUUAUGAUUGAACCCUCAAAAAUUACCAUACAGUGAAUUGUAUGGCUUUCAGUGACCCUUGCAUGCAUAGGCUAUGUAUACAUUGUAUUCGGUAGCCUGUAAUUUGCAAAAAAAAAAAACUACGGUACCAUACAUUGUGUUGCAUGACUUGUCUAAAAUCCUACAUGAUGCAUAUGCUAGUUUUAACGAACUCUCAACAAUGUCCCUGAAGAGCUGACAUGUACAAUGUAUAUUUUACAUUGCCUCUAGGUUUCACGCUACCAAUAGACUUGUACUUGAAACGGAAGUACAUUUAUGUAGAGAUGAGUUUCAAAAUUUGGUGAAUUUCAGUGACGAUAGUGCUAAAUUGUCAGUGUCCGAAUAUUGUGUGAAGCUUUUAUGCCAUAUUUUUUAUGUCCGAAGCGUUUGAUGUACCUGUUGUAACACUGAAUGUGAAACUUGUGCUGCUGGAAGACGAGUGCCGAGGGAGACUGAAAAUGAUUUUUGUCAGUCCUUUUUUUUCCUGGUAAGAGUAGCGUGAUGUUUUCAGUUAAUACUAGCGAAUAUAUAGCUUGGAAGAAGAAGAGAGGGAGUGUUAUCGCUUGUUAUAUUAAUGCACAUAAGGUAAAAGCAGAUUGAUUAUUGCUUGUAAUGCAACUGGAAAACCAGACACACACAGGCUGACAUUAUUCGGUGGUGAGAUAGUUAUAUUGACAAGGAAAUCAACAAGUGCAACAAUGCCACCACUUAAAAGACUGAGCAGUCUGAGGGAAAUAUGCGCAAUGUGUGUGUGGCAAUGGUUGUUGAACUGUGGGAGACACCAGGCAGUCUUCACCUCCCACUUCUCGGAACAGCGCAAGUAUCUGGUCUCUGCCCUCUCCCCACUCCUCCGUCAGCGGCUGCUCACCAUCAUCUUAAACAUGAACAACAACAAACUGUUUAUGGAAACCAAGUGCAAAUUGCUGCAGGCACUGGGAGACGACACCACACAAUGGGUCGACAUUACCCGUGGAGGGGCUGUCUUCUACGAUGAAAUGUUGUGCUUCUACAGCACCGUCGGUCUCGUGGGUAGCUUUAAUCUCACGCGGUUGGGGGCGGUUUGUGAUGCGAGGCUUAUAAGUGAUCAAAAAUACAUAUCUGCUGUAAAUAGCACAUUUUACUGGGCAUUAAAAAAGAUGCAUAACUUAAUAUGGAUUACUCUCGGUGGUAUUGCUGAUGACACCAUCCUGAAAAUCGUGGGCACAAAUUGCCCUCAACUGCAGCAUCUUGAUGUUUCAAGCUCUUUGAAGGUGGAUGACGAGGGCGUGGCAGCUUUGGUACUGAAGAACCCUCAAGAAGUGCUAGGGUUGAGUCCCCAGCAGGUUGGUCGUAAAGCACUAGUAACCAAUUCUUGCUGCACAACUCUUAACUUCGUGUGUGUGAGCAACACCCAGGUGAGUGCGAUGGGUGCUGCACUGCUACUCCACUGUGUCCCGGGCCUCACCUCCUUAGGGGGCUACAUUAACGCUUGCUCACUCACUAGCGUCAUUGAACUACUGCAGCCAGAAGAUGGUAUUACACAGUUCAAGUUAAACCAAUUGUGGGAUUUGGAUAUCUUGCCACGUGAAGCCUCUCUGCUUAGGGAAGUUUGUCAGAACAUAGCUGCAAUUACGACCAACGAAGCCUCUCUAGCCGCUUUGCACUUAGUCCUCCCUUUCGAAUCUCUCUCUGUUGAGGCUGACUUCAAGAACACUGUCGACUCUCUGUACAACUAUCUUGCAAUACGAGGAGAAGUAUUAAAACAACUGAUUAUCACCGACAGUAUAAAUUGUCCUCUCGACCUCAUGUGGUUGAUAGAGCUAACCCCAAACUUGGAACGUAUUGAAGCAACCUUAGAAGCCAAGCAAGAGAAUGUCAUACCAACAUGGAAUGAUCUUAGAGAGGCCUCAGUCACGGUUGCUUCUUCCAUCACAAUUGUGACCCUACUGACGCACACCCCUAAUCUGUGUGACCUUAACCUGACCUUCCUUGAGGGUGUGUAUAAUGAAGAGAGUUACAAGUGCAUCAACGACGAGUUGUUGCUGCUGAUAUUGAUGGCUGGUGGUUUGAAGAAAGUUGAAAAACUAAAGAUAGAUCAGUGCAUGAUCAGCCCAUACGGCUUGGACUUGCUCCUGCUGCACUGUCCGGACUUGCAGUAUUUGGCUCCGCUUGUGUGCUGGCCAAAUAUUACACAGGACGAAGUUGACAAACUGCAUGCCAAAGCAGCUCAGAAUAACUGGGUAUUGAAGAUAGUGAUGCGCUCAGACUGAGAAUGGACAGCGUGUGGCAGGCAGGUUGCCGUGGCGGUGACUUAGACUGGCAGGUGGUGCGUAGUCAGUUGACGGGAAGCCGGAAUCAGGUGGUACCGUGUUGUUUGAUAGGCUAUUGAUCCCUUAGUGCAGCCAUGUUUUAUUGUCUUUGUUAGAUGAGUAUACACGUACGAGUGAAGGCAGUACUUGCAUUUAAAUACUAAAGCACCAGUGGAGAGCAUGCCACCCUUCAAGAAGAUCUGCUCCUUGACGGAGAUAUGCACAGAGUGGGUGUGGCGGUGGCUGAACCACUGUCUCAACCACCAGGCGCCGCCCCGGGACCGUAUGCGUCAGCGCCAGUACGUCCUCUCAACCCUCAACCCAAACAUCCGCCAGCAGCUCCUUAACCGUAUCUUCAAUGUGGACACGAGAGACGUGAUGCUGGAUAGCAAGUGUAUGUUGCUAGAGAUGCUGGGGGACCGCAGCACCCAGUGGGUAGACCUCUCCCGCAGCGGCUUCGGUUAUAUAGACGAAGUUUUCCAAUUCUAUCGAACUCUCACCCUCGGCUUGCUAAUUAAUAUUACACGAUUAGGUUUGAUUUGCAAUGUUAAGUCAAAAUCUGAUUGUAAAUAUCUUUUAGAUAUUAAUAAUACCUUUUAUCGAGUGUUAAACCAGAUGCGCCAUCUACAAUGGGUUACUCUGACUGGAGUGGGCGAUCGUACCAUCUUAGCAACUCUAGGCGCCAACUGUUACCAGCUGGAGCACCUUGAUGUCUCUGAUUCUGUGAAAGUGGACGACGAAGCUGUGGCCGCUUUGCUGCUGAAGGACCCUCAGUCUGUGGAAGGUCUGAAUCUAAAGCAAGUUAUAGAACAAGAUUUGUCUAAGAAUCCUUGUUGUGAAACUCUGAGCUUAGUGUGCGUGUGUGGGACACAAGUAAGUCUUAAGAGUACCCUCUUCCUCCUGAGGUGUGUACCUGCGUUGACCUCCUUUGGUGGCGCCGUGGAAGAUGGAUCCUUAUGUAGUGUGAUUGAGCUGCUUCAACCAGACCAAGGGGUGACGAAAUUCAAGCUCAACAAAUUUUGGGACGCAAAGGUUUUACCGACUCAUGCUUCUCUACUAAAUGUGGCCUGCCCAAAAAUCACUUCUGUAACAACUUCUGUAUCUUCGUUGCCCUCUCUACAUUUUCUCUACCCCAUCACCUCAUUAACUGUCGAUCUCAACUAUCUCAACUGUCGCAAUUGUGCAAAUUACAUAUAUAAUUACCUUCAAGUACGAGGAGAGACCUUGAAGGACCUCCUUUUUACUAAUAGCUUGAACUGUUUCCUUGAUCUGGCUUGGUUGAUGGAGCUUACCCCGAACUUGGAACGUCUUGAAUCUGGCUUGUACAUAGAAGAAGGAUACGAGAUUCUCGGCUGGAAGUUACUGUGGGAUGCGUCAGUGACUGUGAACUCUUGUGAAGCUCUCCUAACACUGAUCUCCCACACCCCGAGUUUGAAGAACCUAAGCAUUAACUUCAUGCCGGAGCCUUACACGGAGACUUUCGAGUGCAUCAACGACGAACUUGUCAUCAAAAUCAUCUCCGCAGGAGCGCUCACACGGCUUCAGAAACUCAAGAUUGCCGAGUGUGCCAUAACUGUUAAAGGCCUUAAUUGGCUUUUCCUCCAUUGUUCUGAGUUGUCUUACAUAGCACCGCUUCUCUUCUGGAAGAAUAUAUCACAGGAUGAUAUACAGCAGUUGCACCUACAAGCAAAACAGAACAAUUGGGAACUGAAACUUGUCCUUCGUGAGUGAUCCUAAAUGGGGAAAGAUUCUAAUUAUUUUUAUUUUCUUUGGAUGGAAACUCGGUUUAAAAUGUGGCAUACAGUGAAUAUAGGGAUACAUUAUGUUUACAUUAUGAAAAUAAAUCCCAUUUGCCUACUUGCUGGCUUUCAUGGACUAUAGUUUAAUAAUACGUGUGGUUACAUCAGAUAUUGAGAUGUUAGUCAUCCCAUACAGAAGCUUAUGACAUUGUAAGCAAUCUACUGGUAUCAAGAUUACAUCUAUUUUUGUUCAAUAUUUUACUUAAAGUUGUUUUUUUCCAUUUGGAAGAAAUGGCUGUAAUAGCUGGUAGAUGUGUAUAAGCUAACACAUCAUGCACACUGGAUAAAAAGUUACAAAUAGGCUAGGUUUAUUGGCCAUAUCAAGAUUCUCGUCUAUUGGAAAAAAGUAAAUAGCGUACCAAAUCCUUUUUGAUGGAUUCUUUUUUUUUCCAGCAAGAUGGUCUCGAUAUAUCAAGAUUAAAUUCGUAAAUAGACCAACAACGAGGAUAUGUCUGUUGGUAUGCAGUAAUUAAACCCAUUGGUGGAAAAUCUUGGUGGUUGAAUUUUUUUUAUCAAUUUGCAAUUAGAAUCUAAGUCUGAAUUGCCGCAGUUUAUUAGUCAGUUAUUAUGUAUAGAUCUUGUGAGGAAAUUGACUUACUAUUGUCGCCAGCAACGGAUAGUUUGUGCACCUCAUACUCGUCAUGUGAGGAAAAGUGUAGUUUGUCCCUAACGUAAAGGUCAGCGAUACUGACUUUUCAGCAAGUAAUUAUCAAAGAAGGCACCAAGCCGGGAAGGCUAUGUAGCAAAACAUGGUUGUAGUUCCCAAUGUCGGACAAGAUUGGCUUGCGGAGGACUUGCCAGCUAAGGGUGCAAGGCUGUCCACAUGGUUACCCAACCAAAAUACUAGUCAAACCCUUACAAGCACACUUGUGCUAUGUAUAUACUUGUUUUAGCGAGAAGCGUGUAUCUAUAAAAAAAAUUAAUUCUCCUUUGCAAGGUAUUUGAACUGUGUUUUGGAAGUGUUCAGUACGUUCAACAAAUGGCACGUACCGAAAGAAGGCGUAGAAGCCACCUUUAUUCACAACUUGAAGCUCAGAUUUGACAGAACUAUAGUUAAAGAAAAACACACUAUAAACCCAGACCUAGUAGGUGAUGUAUAAAGGACUCUUGCUUCCACGCAGUCACUUAUUCUAGGUUAUAAAUCUGACCUUGUUCAGAUGCAAGCCAAGACAUACUAUCUUGCAGGACAGGUUUAAUGUUUACAGAUUGUGAUAUUUUAAUUUUCAUGUUAAGACUUUUGUUGUAUUGCAACCAAGUCUUUAUUUUAAAAUAGGGGUCAAUACGAAAGUUAAAUUAACAAGCGCCUUAACUUAUAAGCCAAAUAUUUUUAAUUGAAGGUUAACUAUAUUGUUCUGGGUUAGAAUGUAGUCAUACUUCUGAAUCGCUCAGCUAAAACAAACUAAAGUAGCAAAUGUAAUUAGUCGUAAAUGUUUGUAAUUACCUGUAAAUAUACGCAGAAAUCACAGUAGCGUGAUAUAUCAAAUGAACAAAUCCACAAGGGCAAUGAUGAGGGUUCGAAGUUCGAGAAAUUCGAACCAUGCACUGGAACAUCCAGUGCGUAGGUUCGAACCCUCAUCAUUGCCCUUGUGGAUUUGUUCAUUUAGCUGUAAAUAUGUUUGUGUUCAGACGCUAUGAUUUUUCCAAACACUGGUGUUUUAUGUAUAGCUGUAAGCCUUUUUUUAAUGCAAUAGGUCUGCAAUUGAUAGUAUACUGUAUAUAGUUUAGCAUUUUGUAUUACAUUAUACAGUAAAAUAGCAAAGAUUAAAA